UCUGCCCGGGGAGGGUGCACAGUUUUAGAGCCAGCAAAGCUUUCAUAUAUUUCUUAUCGCUUAAUUAUUCUCAAACGUGUUUUAAAUUAAUGUCAAGAUAAACGAAACAUGAGCCUUUGGACGUUGAGAAAUUCUUCAACAAUACCCUGCAUGUUCGAUUGGGUCAUAUAUUUGAGACCUAUCUAAAAAUAAUCCCACAAUACAAGCAAAGAGUCAACAAUAUGUUCACAAAUCCCCUCAAGGGUCUAUAAAGUGCACGAGCCGGUCCUUGUCAGUCAGAACUCUGUGUUCAUUGCAGAAGUACACAGCCAAAGAGACUUAGAUAAGAAGGGCUGCUUAGGAAUUGCACAGUUUCGCAAUGGCUGGAUGUCGAGGCCGAUCAAUUGAUGAUGGCUGGGUGUCGAGGCUGAUGGUUUUUCUACUGCUUUUGCUGUGUAAUAAAGGAUCAAAUGCAGUGAACACAAGCGGUGACAAUGGGGGAAGUAAUCUGUCUAGCGUUGUCACUGGCUACGGGAGCUCUGGGUCCGGACGAGGUUCUGGUACAUAUACCGGAUCGGGUUCUUUAGGAACUUUGCCUCCAUGUACAGAAUGCUUUGGACAUGGUAGCAAUCCAGACAGCAAUCCAAAAUGUAAGUUAGGAUGCAGAGGCACCGAUGAAGCAACCACAAGGCAAAAUAACAACAGAAACAAACAGCUCAAUUUCAACGCAAACGUCGGCUAUCAUGCUUGCGGACAGAGCAAGCACUGUCCAGAUAAAUCGAACAACCAAAAUAACGACAAGGAUAGCAAGAGCGGCUUUGCGGCACAUGAAAACGAACGCGCGAAGAAACUGAAGCUGCAGCUAAUUGUGUUUACAUGUGUCGGUUGUGUGGUUUUAAUUGUAGCGGUAGCUUUAGGACAUUAUGUACGGCGCAGGCGACUAGCGCGAGUCGUUGUGUCGGAGGAAAAUUCAAUAACGAUAGAGAACCCAGCUGUUGUGAUGUGAACCUAUAAGAAAUCCCAUCCAAUUGAAAGCGCAGGUCAAAAAAGAGGUGAUGCACCCUACAAUUGCCACGUACGCAGGCGUCAUCGGACGUUGUUAUGGAGCAAACUAUAACCAAUGGUUGCACAGACAGUUCGCGAACUAAGAACGCCAACAAAAACUCUACUUGGGCGUAACAGCUAGCGAUUAAUUGAAAAACUUUGUCCAGAAAAGUGCGCAGUCCUUUAAGCGAGAGAUAGAAAAACCACUCUUAAACUUCCUCUCUAUUUGGAAUGACCUUCAAUCGACCACUUGACUUUGGGGCUGGUAUCUUUUCUGGAUUGCGUACAUGGAUAAGAAAUGAAGGUAGCUUCGUAGCAUCUAUCCCAUUGGUAAAAUGUUAGUAGUAAAAACGUUAAAGUAGUAUUUGGAAAAUUUCAUACUAGUUUUGAAGCAAGCGGUAUGUGCAAAGAUUCUGUGCAAUACCUAUCUGUCACACUCUCUAUCCUUUCAUGUUAUCUAUUUGCACCCUAAGGAGGGUUUUUGCACUUAUCCAUCACCAAACGAAAAAACAACAUCUGCACCUCGAAAAAUAGAUUUGAGAAAAUAAGAAGAGCUUCUUAACUAAACCGAUUGCAGUAACAAGCAAAAAUGGAGGGGGAUGUAGGGUUGAUGUUCUGUUGGUCAGCCUUUGUAGUUUAUGCUAAAAACAAAUUUCCCUCAACGGCUUAUUUGCCAAAGUCACUGACCAUGAGAAGCCCUUUAUAGCCUCAUUGGCAAGAAAGCACCCUUGAACUUUUCCAACCAAAAGGUCCACAUUAGGAACACCCUUCACAGGUCAGUUCUAAACGGCCCAAACCCCAGUACUGUGGUGAUGUUAUUUGACGCCCCCAAAAUGAAAACCAUCCUCGCGAAAAGAAAGUUCGUGGGCAGACGCUGCCAAGUGUUCAUUUAUAUAAUUUCUUUUUAAAAUAAAAGUAGCUAAUUUAAGACUUGUUAAGCUAUAACAAUGAGUUUUGUAUUUAUUGUAGCUGAUAAAAAAUAAAACAGA